ACACACCUAAACUAUAAAAGUGAAUUUAUAACACUAAGAUAAGUGUGUGUGAGUAGUAAAUAAAAUUGGAAGAAGAUAAAGAUAAGAUAAGAUGGAGCAGAAAGCGAAAAUGCUAACAAGUUCACCCAUACAGCAACUUUCUUAUCGCAAUGCCGUCAACCUCGCCCAAGGUUUCCCUGAUUUCCCUGCACCUUCCUACCUCAAAGACGCUGCCAUUUCCGCUAUCUGCUCUGACUUCAAUCAGUACAUGCAUCUUCAAGCAAUAUGUGACUACCUUGCUUAUCAAUUCAAACAAAUGCAUGGCCUACAUGUCGAUCCCCUCACUGAUAUCGUCAUAUGUUGUGGACAAUCUGAGGCCUUUGCUGCCGCAAUGUUUGCAAUAAUAAACCAGGGUGAUGAAGUCAUCUUAUUCGAUCCAUCCUAUGAAACAUGCAUUAGACUGGCUGGCGGGGUCCCAGUGUAUCUAGCACUUGAUCCCCCUUUAUUGGAGUCUCGAUCCAAAUAAACUAGCAAAGUCAUUUACUGGCAGGACAAAAGCUAUUGUCCUCAACAGGGUCUUGGUGAUGCUAUAAUUGAAGGAAAUACAGCAUCAAGUCAGGAUAAAACAAAGGCUAUGAUUUUCCUUCGUCAUCAUCUAGAUGAAAGCCUGAAAAUGGAAUACUUGACAGUGAAAGAUCCACUUGAAUUAUGGAAAGACUUAAAAGGGGGGUAUGACCACCUCAGGGCAACGGUAUUGCCAAGGGCUCGUUAUGAGUGGAUGCAUCAUGCACUUACGGUUUCAAGAUUUUAAAACUGUAAUUGAGUAUAAUUUUAUUGUAUUUAGAAUUACUUUCCAAUUAAAAUUAUGUGGGGAAACUAUAAAUGAUGAGGACAUGUUAGAAAAGACACUAACUACUUUUCAUGCCUCUAAUGUAAUAUUACAGCAGCAAUACCGUGAAAAGGAUUUUCAAAAAUACUCUGAAUUGAUCUCAUGCCUUUUGGUGGCUGAGCAACAUAAUGCCCUUUUAAUAAAAAAUCAUGAAGCUCGU